CCUGAACUUCCUGUUUUGCCGAGUUAUGCUUAAAGCGGGCGGCAGACGACAGCUCCGACAUUGUUGCUCGAACAGCAAGCAGACGACUCUUGGUUAAGGAAGAACAUUGCAAGGCACACGGUUGUUUAUCAGGUCGAACUUGGAAAUGGCUCUGCAGAACUCUUAGUAUUUUUGUCAGGAGCAGUCGACAUUCCGGCGGCGCUCGGGAGCAGACCGUACAGUGCCGCCACCUGCCGCAAACUGCAUCGUGUCCUGGACGGACCGGUGGCCGGUUGAUGCGGUUUACAUCGUAGGACCACCAUUUUCGUCCCACGCUGCGCAGAGGAAAGUCUGAUAAGCUCUCGAUCGAACCAAAAAUGCCCAAGUACAGCUAUUCAGCUACCACCAUAUUGGUGCCCGUUACACGAGUUUUACGGCCCACCAUUAAACCAGCCUCUCCCUUUAGUCCGGAAGCAGCUUCAGAGAGCUUGCGGAAAGCCAUGAAGGGACUGGGCACGGACGAGGCCACGAUCAUCAGCAUCCUGACGCAUCACUCUAACGAGCAGCGACGAGAGAUCGAAAAACAGUUUAAGACGAUGUAUGGGCGGGACCUCAAGUCUGACCUGAAGUCGGAGCUUAGCGGCCGGUUUGAGGAUGUCAUACUCGCCCUGUUGGACCCUCCACGAGUGUACGACGCUAGAGAACUGAAGAACGCCAUCAAGGGCGCUGGUACAGACGAGGCAGCCCUUAUCGAAAUCUUGUGCACAAGGUCAAACGCUGAGAUCAAAGAGAUUAAAGAACUCUACAAAGCUCAUUUCAAGAGGGACUUGGAAAAAGAUUUGAUCUCGGACACCUCUGGUGACUUUCGGCGUCUGUUGGUGUCACAGGUCAACGGCCACAGAGACGAGUCGGGCCACGUAGAUGCGGCUCUCGCCAAAGCCGAGGCUCAGGAACUGGUUCAGGCCGGGAUCAAGAAGGUCGGCACCGACGAGGAGACAUUCAACCGCAUCCUGUGUCUCCGUAACUACGCCCAGCUUCGGGCCACCUUCGACGCCUACAAGCAGAUUGCCGGCAAGGACAUCGAGGACUCCAUCAAGAGCGAGAUGAGUGGGAACCUCGAGAAAGGUUUUCUGGCCAUCGUGCGUGUGGCCCGCAACGUCCCGGCUUUCUUCGCUGAGCGCUUGUAUGACAGUAUGAAGGGUGCAGGGACCACUGACAAUACCUUGAUAAGGAUAAUAGUGUCAAGGAGUGAGGUGGAUCUGGGCCUCAUAAAGCGAGAGUUCCAGAGAAUGUAUGGGAAGACCCUAGCGAGCUUCAUCAAGGGAGACACCACCGGUGACUACAAGAACACCCUCUUGGCGCUCUGCGGAGAGUAAGCUCCCUUGAUCCCAUUGUGUCGUCUAAUUCGCUGCUUGUACAGGAGCAGAAAAGAAAAUUAAUGUAAUGUAGACUAGCUCUAUCUGUUUUGUGCUACAUACUGCCAUGAACAUUGUUAAUAAAUCUUGCAGUGGACCAAGUCAGCUCAGAAAAAAAAUAGUUGACCGGAUUUGAUUGUAAAGCAAAGUUUUGAAGAAUGAAGCAUUAAUAGAGAGCUUAGGUGCAAUUUUGUUUGAACCCUGAAUUAAAGCGCAGAGCAGCAUACUAUUUCUCCAAAUCUGUGUGAACACAACAUUUCUGUUCUCAGCAUACUUACUUACAAACCUCAUACGCUUAGGUUGUUAAGCUCUCAGCCAAAAGGGGAAUGUGAAACAUUUCAUCAGCAUUUCUGUAUACAAUCGAAAUACGGCGAUUUUAAAUUGUAAUUAGAAAAAAAUUGCAACCUACGUGUCCUUUUAAUAAUUUUUAAAUAUACAUUACUGUAUAUCACAGUAUUUUUCCUUGUGCUUUAAAUUGUUACAACCUAAGUAUUUUUCUUAACAGUUCUGUUUAUAAAAUGAUCACUAAUUACUAUGCAGCCUAUCACAGUUUCCAUCUUGUAUACAGAAUCUUUUUUAUAGCAAGUAAAUUCUUUGCCUUUACUGAAGCCGAUAUGUCACCAAGUCAUUAUUUUGCAUAAAAUCUCAUACGAGUAAUCUUUUUAAUGUAUUAUUACUAAUCUUUUAUUCCUCUAAUGUUUAUUAGGUGUUAAUCUUUAUCAAAUAAUAUCAUUUCCUGGCCUAGUGCAUUAAUUAACCUUUCCUCCGUCAUUGUUACGGCAUUUUGAUAAAUCAAGUUUUAUAAAAUAUGAUAUAAAACAUGAUCCACAAUAUACUUUGUGUUGUUUGUGAAACAUACUUGAUAUUGUCCAUACAGCCCUAAAACUUGAAUGUGGUGACUGUUGUUAAGAUAACCACAAACCUUUACUAUUGUUACCUUGUACAACCAUAAAGUAUCAAAAGGUCAUCACCGUCAUCACUGAAAGAUUUAGGAGUAACAAGUAAUAGAGUAACAGGUUUAGUACUAACAAAUUAACAUAUAUAUAUAUUGCUGUAGCUGAAAACUUUCGCAGAUACCUUUGUCACCUGUCGUUUUUUAAUGAUGUAGACCUUUGACGAUACACGAUUAAUUUGAAAACGCCAAGUUUUUAUUUAAAAAAACUAAGAGUAAACAAUUUAGAAGAACAUUUUUUCUGAUAUAUUUUUUAAUGGAGUGACCAAACUAUGCAUUUCAUUUUAAAAUACAAGGACCAUAGCAAAACCAUUUACUUCAGCAUCUAUUAUAUUUCGUCUACGAAACAGAAAGAAACUUUGUAGUUUCUGAAAACGUCGUUACAAAGUUUAGAUCAUUAACUGUGUAAUGUUUAUUGUUUUUGUCAACAUCAAAAUAUACGUUUGAUGUACUUAGCUAAGACGUUUUGAUCAAACGAAAUAAAUUUGUCUGAAUCUUAAGAUUUUACUAUUUGGAAAAAUGUAAAUUUGAAAAGAUGUCAUUGGAUAUUUUUUAAAUUUUGGUAUGUGUUUAAAGCAGUUUAAAAUGUUUUUAUGUAACGUAUCGUCUCUUUCUCAUCAUUUUUCUUGUAUAUUUUUAUGAAUUCGAAGUCCCAGAACUUGGCAAUCACAACAGCUUUUUUCAGUUUUUCCCAAAUAAACUACUGUCGUCAAAA